AACCGUUAAUUUUCGUUCAUUGAAUAUUACAUCACCCGCAAAAAAAAAAAAAAACCACAACGAAGGAGGCAGAGUUACAGAGCACGGCAAUGGCACUCUGUGCUCUCUCAACACAAACUACAUCAACAGCAACAAUUCACGCUAUCAAUUUCAGAGCUUCAAAUGAAACAAUACUUUCAAAAUCCACUUUCAAGCUCCCCCUUUUCUGGCCAUGGCAGAAGGUGAAAAUGGGCCCACUCAGUGUUUCUCCAAUGGGUUUUGGGACUUGGGCAUGGGGGAAUCAGCUCUUAUGGGGUUAUCAAGAAUCAAUGGAUGAUGAACUUCAGCAGGUUUUCAAUCUUGCUGUUGAUAAUGGCAUCAAUCUUUUUGAUACUGCUGAUUCUUAUGGUACUGGGAAAUUAAAUGGCCAAAGUGAGAAGCUUUUGGGCAAGUUUAUCCGUGAAUAUAAAGGGAAGAAAGGGCUGCAGGAUAACAUUGUAAUUGCAACAAAACUUGCUGCAUAUCCAUGGCGGUUGACUCCAGGGCAGUUUGUGAACGCCUGCAAGUCUUCUCUAGAUCGAAUGGAACUUGAGCAGAUUGGGAUAGGGCAAUUGCAUUGGUCAACUGCAAACUACAACCCAUUGCAGGAGAUGGCUCUUUGGGAUGGAUUAGUGGCAAUGUAUGAGAAGGGAUUAGUUCAAGCAGUCGGUGUGAGUAAUUAUGGUCCAAAGCAACUUGAAAAGAUACAUAAUUAUCUCAAAGCUAGAGGAGUACCUUUAUGCUCUGCCCAGGUGCAGUUUUCUUUGUUAAGCUUUGGAGAUGAGCAGAUGGAGAUCAUGAAUAUAUGUGAUUCUUUAGGCAUCCAGUUAAUCGCUUAUAGCCCUUUAGGACUUGGGAUGCUUACCGGAAAAUAUACUCUUUCAAACUUACCUAGUGGCCCCAGGUCCCUCCUGUUUCGCCAAAUUCUCCCGGGACUAGAACCUUUGCUGUGUUGUCUGAGAGCAAUAGCAAGUAGGCGUCAGAAAACUAUGAGUCAAGUAGCAAUUAACUGGUGCAUCAGUAAGGGUACAAUUCCUAUACCUGGUGUCAAGACAAUCAAACAGACUGACGAGAAUCUGGGUGCUCUCGGUUGGCAACUCAGUAAGAAUGAAAUGACUCAAUUGGAAGAUGCAGCGCGACAAUCUCCUCGCAGGAUGAUCCAGAACAUAUUUCAGACCAGGUGAUUGUUGAGUAAAGGAAGAAAGCAUGAGAAUCAUUCUGCCACAAAUUUCAAAUUAUAUUUCUCACGAUGUAAGAUAUUAUCCCAACUCCUGAAUGCAGCGCGCUACAUAUUACAUGGUGAAAUUUUCAGGAGAUGAUGGUGAUCCUCAAUUCAAUUUAAACUUUAAGGUGAUGUGCAACUUUCUUAUUCUGAUGGUACAUUCUAGUGAAAUCAACAUGAUUGGUAAUUUUCAAGUGCAUGUAUAUAAAGAGCUGGAAGAUGGAAAAGUAAGUAAACUCUUUCCUUCCUAUAAAUGAAGGUCUAACUCUUUAGCAUAAUGUAUUUAUCUGAUUCUCUAUUCAUUGAACAUAUGAAGGUUCUAAUUCUACUAGGUAAUUGAUUCUAA